CAGCAGCAGCAGCCGCAGGCGGCGCCCUCGGGGCUGUCUGCCUGUCUGUCUGCCUGUGAGUCCCGCCGGGGGUGGAGGGUGGGCCCUGUCCCCGCCCCCUCCGACGUCAGGACUCCUCCUGGGCGGCCGAGCAGCUGGAGGAGCAGCUGGAGGAGGAGCAGGAGGCAGCGCCCAGCAGCCAGCCCUCUCUCUGCUCUCUCUCCUCCUGAGCCCCAGCCGCCGGACGGGACGGAGCCUGGGCAGCCAGCGAGAGAGCUUGCCCUUCUCCCCCGGGCGGUGCAGCAUGGCCGACGUCUUCCCCGGCGGCGCAGAGCCGGGCUCCUGCUCGGGUCCCGAGGCGGCGGCGCAGCGCUUCGCCCGCAAAGGCGCCCUCCGGCAGAAGAACGUCCACGAGGUCCGCGACCACAAGUUCAUCGCCCGCUUCUUCAAGCAGCCCACCUUCUGCAGCCACUGCACCGACUUCAUCUGGGGAUUUGGGAAACAAGGAUUUCAGUGCCAAGUUUGCUGUUUUGUGGUUCACAAAAGGUGCCAUGAAUUUGUUACCUUCUCAUGUCCUGGGGCAGACAAAGGGCCUGACACUGAUGAUCCCAGAAGCAAGCACAAAUUCAAAAUUCACACAUAUGGAAGCCCGACCUUUUGUGACCAUUGUGGGUCAUUGCUAUAUGGACUUCUUCACCAAGGGAUGAAAUGUGACACCUGUGAUAUGAAUGUCCACAAGCAAUGUGUAAUAAAUGUCCCAAGUCUUUGUGGAAUGGAUCACACAGAAAAAAGAGGGAGGAUUUAUUUGAAAGCUGAAGUGAUUGGUGAAAAGCUAGAGGUCACAGUGAGAGAUGCAAGGAAUCUAAUUCCGAUGGAUCCAAAUGGACUUUCAGAUCCAUAUGUGAAACUGAAACUUAUUCCAGAUCCCAAGAAUGAGAGUAAACAAAAAACAAAAACCAUCCGCUCCACACUUAAUCCUCAUUGGAAUGAUACAUUCACAUUUAAAUUAAAGCCUACAGACAAAGAUAGAAGGCUCUCCGUGGAAGUCUGGGAUUGGGAUCGAACAACUAGGAAUGAUUUCAUGGGCUCUCUUUCUUUUGGUGUAUCAGAACUCAUGAAAUCACCAGCAUGUGGAUGGUACAAACUACUUAACCAGGAAGAGGGCGAGUAUUACAAUGUUCCAAUACCAGAAGCUGAUGAUGAUGGAAACGCUGAACUGAGGCAGAAAUUUGAGGGUAAAAGGAAGGUCCAAGAUAAGAAAGCCAAACUUGGACCAUCAGCAAACAAAGGCAUCACUCCAGUUGAAGACCGGAGUUUACCAUUGAAUAACCUUGAUCGGGUUAAGUUGGAAGAUUUCAACUUUCUCAUGGUGCUUGGAAAAGGAAGUUUUGGGAAAGUGAUGUUGGCAGAACGAAAGGGAGCAGAAGAGCUGUAUGCAAUAAAAAUACUAAAAAAAGAUGUGGUGAUUCAGGAUGAUGAUGUAGAGUGUACCAUGAUUGAAAAGAGAGUUCUAGCCCUGGCAGACAAACCACCUUUCCUAACACAAUUGCAUUCUUGCUUCCAUACAGUGGAUCGCUUGUAUUUCGUCAUGGAGUAUGUGAACGGUGGUGACCUCAUGUAUCAUAUUCAGCAAGUAGGAAAAUUUAAGGAGCCCCAAGCAGUGUUCUAUGCAGCAGAGAUCUCAGUGGGACUUUUCUUCCUCCAUAAAAAGGGAAUUGUGUAUCGGGAUCUGAAAUUAGAUAAUGUAAUGUUGGAUCAUGAAGGACACAUUAAGAUUGCUGAUUUCGGGAUGUGCAAGGAGAAUAUGAAUGAUGGAGUAACAACGAGGACCUUCUGUGGGACUCCAGAUUACAUUGCACCUGAGAUUAUUGCCUAUCAGCCAUAUGGAAGGUCAGUGGACUGGUGGGCCUAUGGCGUGUUGUUAUAUGAGAUGCUAGCUGGACAGCCUCCAUUUGAUGGUGAGGAUGAAGAUGAGCUCUUUCAGUCAAUAAUGGAGCAUAAUGUUUCUUACCCCAAAGCGAUGUCCAAAGAAGCUGUGUCCAUUUGCAAGGGGUUAAUGACUAAACAACCUACAAAACGUCUUGGCUGUGGUCUUGAGGGAGAGAGAGACAUCCGGGAGCAUGCCUUCUUUAGAAGAAUUGACUGGGAGAGACUGGAAAACAGAGACAUCCAGCCCCCAUUCAAGCCUAAAGUGUGUGGCAAGGGUGCUGAAAACUUUGACAAAUUCUUCACCAGAGGACAACCAGUGUUAACACCACCUGAUCAGCUUGUCAUUUCCAACAUAGACCAAACAGAUUUUGAAGGGUUCUCCUAUGUCAACCCUCAGUUUGUACAUCCCAUGUUGCAAAGCGUAGUAUGAAAAACAGACACAGAGAGUCCUCACAAAUGAAAUAUUGUCUGUAUCCUGGAGUUUUUAGACCUUUGCCUUCUUGAUUCCAUUUGGGUCUGAAAAUUUUAGGGGGAAGAAAUGAGAACGGUACUGAGGUUUACAAUGUGUGGUCUUAGGAGAUCAUAGCAUAAUACCCAAUGUAUUCACCUAGGAAUCACUGUUGCUUUUAGAUUACUCUUAUGAAGCUUUGUCAUUUUUAUAACUUCUAUGUCUUACUUUGUACCCUGUAACUCUGAAGUUUUCUUCUUAUAGGAUUUAUAACAAAUUUAAGAGUAUCAUGUAGGCUUGGGAAAAGUACAUAGUCAUUUUUUUUAAAAAAAAAUCAAUCUGAUACAUUGCACAUGCGGCCAUAUGGGACCAGCUCCUCUCAUUGGUUUGCCUGGUGUCAAACAAUAGGAUGAAUGACUGGAGAAUAAUAGGCCUGAAAAUGUAAGACAAUUGGAAUAGAGGGAAAAUGGGAGCAAAGUAAAAAAAAAAAUGCCUCAAAGUUUAUGAUAGGUAGGUACUUACUAAAGCAAAUAAAUGAACAAAUCAGGUCCUUAAGAUCUUUUUAAAACAGUUGAUCAGACUAGAGGCAUGUGUAUAAAGCUUUCUCUGUGAACUAGGGAAAAUAUGUAGGAUAAAAAUGAACUAGGAUCUGUGAUAAACCUGCUCAAAAGUAAAACUGCAUAAUACUGAUAUGUAUAAUAAUUUUAAUCUCCAUGAGAUUAUACUGUGAUCCAGGGUGCCAUUUUACUACUUAAUUUUACCACUACUCAAGUUUAUGUUAUGCCAGUUCUAAAACUUUUUCCAGAAGGUUCCUUAUCUUGAGUCUGAAACAAAUCUGCAAUCCCCCAGUUCCGCAAUGUAUACUUAUUUAUUUAGUGAACUGCAUGGUAGGUGUAGAGUAUGGAAAGUAUUUGUACAGUAAAUUAAUAAAAGCCUAGGUUUCAGAAUCUCUCCCACCUUCAGCAAAUUCAUCAUUUUAACAUUGGCUUGGGAGAACUGGAACCACAAAAGAACAAAUUUAGAAUUCAGGUACAGCUGAAAAGGUUUUCUUGAGCUGUGGUUCUUCUCAUUGAAGUUGAAUACAGUUUAUGAAUCAUACAUCAUGCAAUGAAUUUUGCAUGCUUACUAAUUAUAAGCAUUAAAUUAAUCUAUAUUAUGGAUAAGUGUAUCAGGUAUGAAGAUAAUGAUAUACAUUUUUACAAGACGCAGCUGUGCUAUAUUUGUGAAGGUCUUUGUUCUGGUUGACUAUUUUAGAUUUAGCUUAAAAGUUUUAUUAUUACUAUUUUUUUUGUUUUUGAUUUUGAUUUAGUUCUGUGUAAUGUUGACCAUUUAGGGAAAUUAUGCUUUCUUUUUAGGUAGGUCUGCUGCAGAUUUGUGAUGGCUACCUACAUGUUUUCGACAAAGCACAGUAAAAAUAGUAUGCAUGCAUGUUUCACGUGCAUGUAUCUAAUUUUUUUUAAUUGCUUAAACAGCUGCCCCAGGCUGCUAUAUAGAAACUGCUGGUGCAUGUAAAGGUAUACCCCCACCCCACACAACUCUGGAUUUCUCUUUAUGGUGAUCCAGCAUCAAAUCCAGAAAUAAUUUUUUUACUUCUGGCCAUUUAAUAAGCAGCUCUAGGUUUUUGCAUUAUGGUGAAGAGGACUUGGACAGGAACUACCUACUCAGAACCAGUGCAUGUCCUUCUUUGAGAUGUGGCUAGAGUUGAUGGAUAUUACAUGUUAACUGAGUUCAGAAAACCAAAAAAAUAGUAGGUCAGUCUUGCAAGCAAACACGGAUUUCCCCUGUAGAGUGCAAGUCCUCCUUUUAAAUUGUUCAUGCCUUUUCUCCCUUUCCUUUACUCGAAGAUGCUGAAUUUUAAGACUAGUAAAUAUUUGAUUUGCAUUUGGGGCAUGUAAUGUGGUAUGCUUUCCCCUGUAAUGUUUUCCUUCUUAAUAUUUAUAAACAUGGAUACUGAA